ACAACGUGCCGCUUCAUGAUAAAACACCAACGAAGAAGAAGGCGCAAGCGGAAGCAGCAGCCUGAGUCCUGCUUGGAAAUUGUAGGAGGUUAUUUGACAACAACCUCCAGCGUCGCAGUCAUGGCGUUCCUCUGCAGAAGUGCCGCGUUGCUCCUGAAGCCCUGCAGCCGGUCGCCGGCCGCCCUGUCCGCCGCCGCCCGCCUCUACAGCUCAGGUGGUCAGUAUGAGUAUAUCUUGGUGGAAAAGCGAGGUGAGAAGAGCAACGUGGGCUUCAUCCAGCUGAACCGGCCGAAGGCUCUCAACGCUCUGUGUGACGGGCUGAUGAAGGAGGUGGGACUGGCCCUGGACUCCUUCGAGACCGACGGCGACGUCGGGGCCAUCGUCAUCACAGGCAGUGACAGAGCUUUUGCUGCGGGAGCCGACAUUAAAGAGAUGCAGAAUCGAACCUUCCAAGAGUGCUAUGGUGGAAACUUCUUGGCUCAUUGGAACAGGGUGUCCACCGUGAAGAAACCUGUAAUCGCAGCUGUCAAUGGAUUUGCUUUGGGCGGGGGCUGUGAGCUGGCCAUGAUGUGUGACAUCAUCUACGCCGGAGAGAAGGCACAGUUCGGCCAACCAGAGAUCCUGUUGGGGACCAUCCCUGGGGCGGGUGGCACCCAGCGCCUGACUCGUGCGGUGGGCAAGUCCCUCGCUAUGGAAUUGGUGCUAACAGGAGACAAGAUUAACGCUCAGGAAGCCAAGCAAUCAGGUUUGGUGAGUAAAAUUUAUCCUGUGGACCAGCUGGUGACUGAAGCUGUAAAAUGUGGGGAGAAAAUUGCUGCCAACUCAAAACUGGUCUCUGCCAUGGCUAAAGAGGCAGUUAAUGCUGCUUAUGAACUGUCGUUGGCUGAGGGGAAUCGCUUGGAAAAACGCUUAUUCCACGCUACUUUUGCUACGGAGGAUCGUAAAGAAGGCAUGACAGCAUUUGUGGAGAAGAGGAAGGCCAGUUUCCAGGACAAGUAGAAAAGAUCAGAUCAAGAGCUCAGCCAAGAAGACGCAGCUCCAGAUAUCACUGCGUCAUUUCCCACAGCAACUUGAAUGAUGCAAAAAAAAUCAACCCUGCUGUUUGAGUGAUAGAGUGCACAACAGUGUCUUGUCACUGCACAGGCUCGGUAUCAAAAUCCAAUGCAGUCAGGGUGCAGGCGGGGGCAGUGGGCAUGUGUGUGGAUACCAUUUGAUAACUGCGUCAUAGUCUGUGUGCAAUGGAAGGAAUCAAUCUCCAUGACUUGUACUGACUUUGCCUUGUAUUCAUAUUGACUGUUUGUCUACAUUGUGUAGGCAGCCUUUUCUUUUUCCUGUAUACAUUUUACAAAAUAAAAAGCUAUAGGUUGGUUUUCAGCACUGCAACUAAGACAGAAACGAA